CUUGAUUCUGAACACUUGCCGCUGACCUAUAGUGGUUUCCUUCAGCUACGUACAAAACUACUGUGCGGUUGCGACGACAGGUGAGCGUUGUUAAUAGCUGAGAGCACCGCUAGCCUGACGCGGUUGGAAUUCAGCACUCAUAUUCUACGAACAUUUAUGCACGCUACCCCAAGAGAUCGACGUGAUUUGGAACCGCAAGAAGACUGGCGCCACAUUACUAUUCCUACUCAAUCGGAUCGCUACGGCAGGUCUCGGCCUUGCGAUGAUACUCACAAUGCCUAACUGGGGAACUGCACUCACCUCUAUUGAUGUGAUGGAACGAAACAGCUGCAAAACCGUGAACUUGCUGUUGCCGAGCUUUCAGCUCCUGUUGUCCAUGAUCUGGGCAGCAUUCUCGGCCCUGCGCGUCUUUGCUGUCAGCGGUCGGAAUUGGCGUCUCGCCAGCUUCGUAUUUGCCCUGAGUAUGGUGCCAGUUGGCACAAACCUCGUAGGCUCCAUCCGCGUGACAUCUCGACAUCCGGGAGACAUACGCCAUCAUCGAGUGCCGUGGUAUGGCCCUGCCUGCGACCUCACUUCUCUCCUAUCAGCGAAGACUAGCCUAACGUGCGUGUUCGUGCUCAUCUUGACUCGCGCAUGCCUUAUAGCAGCGGACGUGUUUGUCCUUGCCGUGACCUGGAGGAACACAUACAAGAUCAAGAAAGAAGCUAGCGUACACAUGACCGACGACAUGGCUGGCUCGGAACCGUCCUUCAUCGCUUCUCGCGCUUCAGGGCUGAGAUUCGCCUCCGCGGUCGUAGGCAAUCUGGGCGAGCACCUGGAACACGGUCAAACCAUGUCCGGCUCAGCAGUGUUCCAGGAUACAUAUGCAGAGACCGAAGACGGUUCGGACUCUGACGAUAUAGAAACACCUCGCGAUCAGUGGGCUCCGGACUCAAAGCCGUAUGAAGAGGAAAGACCUUCGUCGCAGGGCGAUGAAGGCAUCGCUACGUCAGCUUGACCUAUUACGACAUCCUACACCAGAUGGCCCUUGCGUAUGUAACAUUACUACCGCACACCUUCGUAUAUCAUACACGUAUCCCGGCACUAGUGCCGUAC